UGAGGUCUGCCUAGGUUCUAAAGAGGAAGACUAAAGUUCCAGACCUAAAAGGGAAACAAAAUCCGCCCACAUUCCCUACUGUGUACAAGGGGCCAAACGGUACAACCACCACCACCACCACCACCAUGAGUCACAGUCCGGAAAGGAUCUCGUCCUACCGCCGUCACUUCGAGGACAGCUCCAGCUCGUCCUACCAGGUCCGGGUGUCCAGCCCGUCCCCUACCCGGAGAAAUGGCCGCACCGCUUCUGUCGGUGUGUCCCGCUGCCCUGGAGCCGGCAGCACGCGCACAGAGUCGAUGGGAAGAAGGACCGCCUCUGCUGCACGAAGAACCACCCGUGUGUCUGGAUCUAGUGCUAGCAUGGGCACCGUAGCAUGCAUAGGUUUAGACGGAGUGCCCGCCAUCGACCUGGACGUGGCGUCUGCCGAGAACCAGGAGUUCCUCAGCACUCGCAACGGCGAACGCCGGGAAAUGAUUGUCCUCAAUGACAGACUGGCUGUAUACAUCGACAAGGUUCGAUCGCUGGAGCAGAAGAACCAGUUGCUGGAGACUGAGAUCGAGGCCUACCAGAACCGGUUCCAGAAGCCGACGGGUCUGCGCCUCCUCUAUGAGGAACAGCUGAAGGAGCUGAAGAAGAUCGCUGAACAGAUGAGAGUUCAGCGGGACAUUGCCUUGGCCUCUAAGGAGUCCACAUCUGCUAACUUGGCAUCAUUAAAGAUCAAGUAUGAGGAGGCAUUGGAGCUGAGGAGGAAAGCCGAGCUCGACAUUGAGAACUUCCGCCCAGAUGUAGACAAAGCCACAUCCUCGAGGAUCGCCUUGGAGAAACAGCUAGAGCAGCUGGAAGUAGAAAUUGAGUUCCUGAAACGGGUCCACCAACAGGAAAUUGAGGAACUUUUGAAGCAGAUCUACUCAGCCCAUGCAUCAGCCGAGAGCGCCUUUGCCCUGCCUGACCUGGCCUCAGCCUUAAAACAAAUCCAGAAGCAGUACGAUGACAUUGCUGCCAAGAACCUCCAGGACAUGGAUGCAUGGUAUAAAAACAAAUUUGAAGACAUAACCAACAAGACCACAAAGCAUGUGGAUAAGGUUCGCGGAAUCAGAGAGGGAAUAGCUGGGGCCAAAAAAGAUAUCCUCAACAAAGAGAGAGACUUGGAUUCCAUGAAGACAAAGAAUGAUGGUCUUGAAGCCCAGAUCCACGACACACAAGAUAGGUACAAGAAGGAACUGGAAGAAUUGCAGGCCCGGAUUGAGGCCCUGCAGCAUGAGCUAAAAUCCACCAAGGGGAAGAUUGCGCUGCACCUGCGUGAAUACCAGGACCUCCUGAAUGUGAAGAUGGCUCUGGAGAUUGAGAUCACAACAUACAGAAAACUAAUUGAAGGAGAAGAUGUGCGGCUCGCUGGUAUGAUGCUCAAUGUGUCGUUCAUGAGCAGCAACUGCAUGAGCGCCAUUGGGGCUGGGACAAGCAUGGGUGGAGAAAACAUGGGCAGCACUGGCAUCGGAAGCACAGGAACCAGUGGCAAAAGUAUGGGGGGAGCAGGUACGGGUGGAGCAGGUAUUGGUGGCGUAGCAAUGGCUGGGGCUGCCGUGGGUGGAGCAGGAAUCAAUGAGACUGGCAUGGGUGGUGCUGGCAUGAGGGGAGCAAGCAUGGGUAGCAAUGGCAUAGGUGGAGUAGGAAUGGGUGGCGCAGGCAUGGGCGGUGCAGGCAUGGGUGAAUCAGGCACUGGUAGAGUGGGAAUGGGUGGGGCUGGUGGUGGAGCAGGAAUCAGUGGCAGAGGCAUGGGUGGUGCGGGCAUGAGUGGUGCUGGCAUGACUGAAGCCAGUAUGGGGGGUGUAGGCAUGGUGGGAGCUGGGAUGGGUGGCACUGGCAUGGGUGGUGUAGGAAUGGGCGGUGCUGGAGCCGGUAUUGGAGGUGUGGGCAUGGGUGGCACUGGCAUGGGUGAAUCAGGCAUGGGUGGUGUAGGAAUGGGUGUUGCUGGAGCCCGUAUGGGUGGUGUAGGCAUGGGUGGUGCUGGUUCCGGCAUGGGUGGGGCCGGCAUGGCUGGUUCCGGCAUGGGUGGGGCCGGCUUGGCUGGUUCCGGUAUGGGUGGUGCAGGCAUGGGUGGUGCUGGUUCCGGCAUGGGUGGGGCUGGCUUGGCUGGUUCCGGUAUGGGUGGUGGAGGCAUGGGUGGUGCCGGCAUGGGAGGCAGUGGCAUGGCUGGUGCCGGUAUGGGUGGUGCCGGCAUGGCUGGUGCCGGCAUGGCUGGUGCCGGCAUGGGAGGCACUGGCAUGGGUGGAGAAACAAUGGGCAGUGCAGCAAUCAGUGGCACAGGCAUUAAUGCAGGAAUGGGUGGUGCUGGCAUGGGAGGUGCUGUUAUGGGUGGUGCCGGUAUAACUGGUGCUGGUAUGGGUGGAGCUGGAAUGAGUGGGUUAGGCAUUGGGGGUGUAGGCAUGGGAAGUGGGGGGAUGGGAGGAAUGGGCGGAGCCGACAUGACUGGCGCUGGAGGAAUAGGUGGAGCCAACCUGUCUGGCGCUGGAGGAAUGGGCGGAGGCAUUCACGGAGUCAGGUCAAGGGGCAUGGAUGGAGGCCUGGACAGCAGUGCCGGGGGCGUACAUUCAGGCACCGAGGGCCAAGGAGGAAUGGGAGUGGGUCGUGUGGGGGGCUCGGGCCCUGAGGGGAUGGGCCGUGGGAGGAGUGUAGGUGGGGGCAGGGGUACUGGCUCUGGAGGAGCUGAUCUCUCAGGAGUAGCCAAUGGGUACGCUAGAACUGGGGGCGUGGCGGGAGGCAGUGGAGGAAUGGCUACCAUGGGCGGAUUGAGGAACAUGUCUGGAGAGUGCCUGGAUGGUGCCGGUUCAGGAGAUCCUAGGAAAGCCAUCGAUGCCUACGCAGAGCAAGCUGUAGAGUUGACCGAGAGAAGGACCGUACUUAUUAGGACCGUAAAAAACGAGGACGAGGUGCUGGAAACUGACCACCAUGAACAGACCUACAUCAUCAGCGGGGCUGCGGACGACUCUGACGAUGACCAAGCGUGAUUUAACCAUUUGACCUUCUUUGACCAUUAAAAAGCUAACCCACCCCACCCCCCUCUUUCCACUGACCAAUGACCAUGUCUGGAGCAUGACCUUCGCCCUUUGACCUGGACAUCAGGAGCAUGAAAGACGCCCUCACCAGCCGAGCUGCGUCUCUUCCUAUUGGGCUGCAAUGUGUCCCACAAGGGACGCUCAAUGUUUUCUCUACACUUUGCUUCGGUUUGCACUCCCCUUUUCUUUUUUUUCCUUCAAUGAGCUGCAAAUAAAGCCAUCAGCAUUCAA